AUGGUACGACUUGAGCUAAUAGAAACACUUGAAGGCCACCGAGAUCGUGUUUGGCAGGCCUCAUGGCAUCCUUCAAAAGCAAUACUUGCGACUUGCUCAGGCGACAAAACAGUAAGGUUAUGGGCACCGAGCACACAAACAAACUUUACAAAAUGGCACUGCGUCGAAACUUUAGAAGGUGCACACAAGCGUACCAUCCGUAGCGUUGCUUGGUCACCGACAGGUAACGAGCUCGCGACUGCCAGUUUUGACGCCACCACAGGCAUUUGGGAAAACGACCCCAGAGACAACGAUUGGGAAUGUGUUGCCACAUUAGAAGGCCAUGAAAAUGAGAUUAAAUCGGUGUCAUGGUCCUCUACAGGCGCUCUUUUAGCCACCUGUAGUAGAGAUAAAAGUGUGUGGAUAUGGGAAGUAGAAGCAGAUAAUGAUUUUGAAUGUUUGAGCGUGCUACAAGAGCAUACACAAGAUGUCAAAAUGGUGGCGUGGCAUCCUCAACUGGAAUUGCUUGCGUCAGCAAGUUACGAUGAUACCAUUAAGAUUUGGAAAGAGGAUGAAGAUGAUUGGUAUUGUGCUGAUACAUUAGAAGGACACGAAUCAACAGUCUGGGCAAUAGAUUUUAAUAAAAAAGGAGAUCAAAUAGUUUCUGUUUCGGAUGAUCAAACAAUACGUAUAUGGAAGAUGUACAAACCGAAUAAUUCUCAAGGCAUUCCUACACACAAUGGAGAAGCAACUUGGAGAACAAUUUGUACGUUGUCGGGAUAUCACAGUAGAUGUAUCUACUCAGUUUCAUGGUCUAAAGUGAAUGGUUGUAUCGCAACAGUUGGCGGUGAUAAUACAAUCCAUAUAUUUGAAGAGGAUAAGGAAGCUUCGAAAGAUGAGGAUUCGCCGAUUUAUAAGAAUAUUGCAACAAUAACAGACGCUCAUGGUGACUAUGAUAUCAAUUGUGUUUCUUGGUUCCCAACAGAGAGUCAUGGUGAUUUACUAUCAACCGUAGGUGAUGAUAAUUUGGUCCGUAUUUGGAAGUUUGUUAGAGAUGAAUAA